GAGCUUCGCUGUGUGCAGAUUCCCUAGUGUUGCUGGAGUGCAUUCAUCUCGUCUGCAAGCUCCAGCGAAAACGUGACUACCAGCUUUUUAUUUAUUUCGCUACCUUUUAACACGUUUCCGGAACAAAAUGUAACUUCCAAAGGCGCCCAACAGCCUUCCGACUAACCUUCUGUUGUUUUUAAAGGAGAAGCGAUAGUGAAUGGCGUCUUUUUGGCUACAAAGGGAAGAUACUGCAAAUGGUUAUACGUGCAUUCUGCCGAUGUGAUGUUUUUUUUGUUUGAUUAGUUUUUUUCUCCUGCAGUCGUGGAUUUCUAACUUGGGGAUUUACUACAAAGCGGCGGUCCGGCCCGUGUUAUUGAAAACAAAACACAAGCGAGGAAAAAGGGAAUUUAAAAGGAAAAAAUAAGGAGGGAUUUAAAAAAAGGAGAGAGGGAGCGAGCGAGCGCAAGAGAGAGAGAAUACUCCUUCGGGCAAAGCCAGGAUUUCAGGAUUUCCAGCGUCUCUCCUUUUAAAGAAGAAUUCAUGUGGCCAGUCUUUUAGCAAACACGAUUCGGAUGCCAUAAUGAGCAAGGAAAGACCCAAGAGAAAUAUCAUUCAAAAGAAAUUAGAUGACAGCGAUGGGAUUCCUUGGUCAGAGGAGCGGGUUGUGCGUAAGGUCCUCUACUUGUCUCUGAAGGAGUUUAAGAAUGCGCAGAAAAAGCAACCAGGCGACGGUGUCGGAGGAGGUACCAAAAAUGCAAAUGGUUCAUUGACUAAUCUCCAGUUAAAUGGGUCAGGCCCUUCAUCAGGAAAUGAGAAAGAUGAUGCUUCACAAGGGUCCUCGCGCUUGAAUGAUGCCAGUUCGACCGACUCUGAAGAUGGACCUGUCAGAAAGCGGCCAAGACUGCAGGCUCAAAGGAAAUUUGCACAGUCUCAGCCCAAUUCACCCAGCACAACUCCCAUUAAGGUGGUGGAGCCAGUGUUGCCUACUCCAGCCUCUCAGAUUACUGACCUCUCCAAAAGAAAGCCCAAGACAGAAGAUUUCCUGACCUUUCUCUGCCUUCGAGGCUACUGUACCAGGCAUUCUGAAGGAUCUGAAGCAUUGCCCAGCAAUAUGGCGUAUUUUGGAAGUUCUCAAGAUGAUGAAGAAAUGGAGGAUGAGGAGGAAGAUGGCGAGGAUCUGAAACCCCCUGUGAACAUCUCUACAGCAUCUUGCCAUUCAACACCCAGGAAGGGCAAACUUAAUGGAAAACACACAGUCAACGGCCAUGUUUUCAAUGGUCACAGCAAAUUGUCUCAGGAAAGAGAGUCCACUCCGAAACACAAAGGCAAAGAGGCCACGCCAGGGAAGGAGCGUAAUGACAACAAGGCAGAGGGCCACCGAGAGCAGACUUCUGCCUCCACAGCUGCUAACAAUUUUGGAACCUCGGCCAAAGGUCCCUCUGUUAACAGCCAUGCUGUUAGCAGAUCAGCUCAGGAGCUCCGAAAGCAGGUUUCUAAAGUGAAUGGAUUCACCAGAGCCUCAUCCUUAGGCGCUCAUCCACCCAGUGCCAAAAAGACGAGAGACUUCCGACCUUCGCCGUCCAAAACUGUGAAGAACACCGCCUCCAUGACAAAGGGGCACGUCACUGACACCAAAGCAAAGCGAGGGCUGAGCAAGGAAACCAAACUCAACCACAGUAAAUCCACAGUGGUUCACCACAAUAACCAACAUAAUAACCACCACCAUCAUGUCAACUCAGGAAAAGCAGAAAGUAGCAAUGCAAAAACCCGCAAACAGGUGCUAUUAUCCAGUGGAGUACACAAACCAGCAAGUGGGAGCUACAUGCGUCUCAAUGGACGUCUCAGUGGGAGACUGUGUGUGAAGGAAGAUGGGAGGUGGGGGCGUGAAGGUUUGCGCAACUCCAAGAGGCGGCUGGAAGCUACAAGCCUUGGCCGAACAAGGUUUCAGCCUAAUACCAAGAAGGCUAGAGUAAAUGUGUGCUCACCUGAAACACGCAGCAAAAAAGCCCGUCGAGAAAAAACUGUAUUAAAUGGCCAACUAAAAACCCAGCAAGUUACCAAGCAAAGCUCCGAGAGGCCGAAAAGAAGCUUGGCAACAAGACAGACUGCAGCCAAACAAGCACACCACAAAGCCGAGAGCAUACAGAGUGAGAACCAUUCUACCUCAGCAAGAGAAUCGUCGUCCUCACCGCACAAGCCAUCUGAGCCCAAAGCGGAAAAGGAGAAGGGAAGCAAUGCCAAGUCAGGUUGGUCUAAGAUAACCGAGGUGCCCGUCUACAGACCGAAUCACAAGGAGUUCCAGGACCCUCUGGCUUACAUUGAGUCAAUUCAAGAGCAGGCAGAACCCUAUGGCCUAUGCAGGGUGAUUCCACCAUCUGACUGGCGGCCUGAAUGCAAACUCAGUGAUGAGAUGCGCUUUGUCACCCAAGUGCAACAUAUACAUAAACUGGGCAGACGCUGGGGGCCCAAUGUGCAACGAUUAGCAUGCAUUAAAAAGCACCUCAAAUCUCAGGGCAUUACAAUGGAAGAACCUCCCUUAAUAGGAGGCUGCGAGCUGGAUCUUGCCCGGUUUUUCCAGCUUAUUAAUGAAAUGGGUGGUAUGCAGCAAGUGACAGACCUCAAAAAAUGGAACAAGCUGGCAGACAUGCUGCGCAUCCCAAAGUCUGCCCAGGACCGACUGGCCAAACUCCAGGAGGCUUACUGUCAGUAUCUGCUGUCCUAUGAUUCUCUGUCACCAGAAGAUCACUCUCGGCUUGAGAAGGAAGUCUUGGCUGAAAAAGAGAAUCUGGAGAAAAAGAGGGGCCCCCUGGAGGGACAUUCAGAGAACACACACAAGUCACAAUCGCUGCCCAGGUUUGAACCCAAAAAUGGAUUAAUCAAUGGUGUGGUGCACAAGAAUGGCUUCCGCAAUAAACUGAAAGAGCUAGACACUCAGUUGAAAACAGGUCGCCGGCGUCUGUUUGCUCAGGAAAAGAAAGAAAAUGAAGACGAGAGUGGAGUUCUUUGUGACCAGCACAAAUGUAUAUAUAAGGGAAGAUCGGUGUCGUUAACCACGUUCUACAGGACGGCUAGAAAUACUAUGAACAUGUGCUUUAAUAAGGAGCCUGAGGCAGCUGAAGUUGAGCAAGAGUACUGGAGGAUAGUGGAACAUAAAGAUUGCCAUGUGGCUGUACAUUAUGGCAAAGUGGAUACGACAACACAUGGAAGCGGUUUCCCUGUGGGAAAGUCAGAGCCAUUUUCAAAGCAUGGAUGGAACCUUACUGUCCUUCCUAAUAAUACAGGAUCCAUCCUGCGACACCUUGGUGCUGUGCCUGGAGUGACCAUUCCCUGGCUAAACAUUGGUAUGGUCUUUUCUACCUCAUGCUGGUCUCGAGACCAAAAUCGCCUUCCAUACAUUGAUUACUUACACACUGGUGCUGACUGCAUUUGGUAUAGCAUUCCUGCUAAGGAGAAGAACAAACUUGACAAAGUCGUGCAUACUUUGCUGCAAGCCAAUGGAACUCCAGGACUGGAAAUGCUUGAAAGCAACAUCAUGAUCUCUCCAGAGGUGCUUUCUCGAGAAGGGAUCCAGGUGCAUCGUACUGUCCAGAAGAGCGGCCAGUUCAUUGUCUGUUUUCCAGGAACAUUUGUGUCAAAGUUAUGCUGUGGUUACAGUGUUUCUGAAACUGUGCACUUUGCUACCAUCCAGUGGAUGAACCUAGGAUAUGAGGCUGCUAAGGACCUAAAGUGUCGGCGUGUAGCUAAACCAUUUUCGAUGGAGAAACUUUUGUAUCAGACUGCAAUGGUGGAAUGCAAGCGGGAGAAUGAACAAACUUUGAGUACAAUCGCUUCACUUCUUAAAGAUCUCAGGGAUAUUGAAUUAAAACAACGGCAGGAGCUCUACAAGGCAGGGCUGCAUUCCUCUGCUCGCUAUGGGAGCAACGACAACAAUCAGACCGUGGAUGGAAAGAAGAAGUCUCGGAAGUGGCUGGCGAUGGAGACAUCGGAGAGACGCUGCCAGAUGUGCCAACACCUAUGCUAUCUUUCUAUGGUGGUUCAAGAAAAUGACAAUGUGGUCUUCUGCUUGGAGUGCGCUCUUCAGCAAGUUGAAAAACACAAGUCCUGUCGAGGUCUGAAAUUGAUGUAUCGCUACGACGAGGAGCAAAUCAGCAGCUUGGUGGAGCAAAUCUGCGGCAAAGCAAGAGGAAAAAACGGUGAGAACGGCCGGUCGAGCAACCUCAGCAAAGUGUCGUUGAAGCGCGGACCCCGGAAACGAGCGACCCUGGAUGUUCCAGUCUCCAGAUUGUCGUCUUCAAACGUGUCCAGAAGUGUUUCCUGUUCCACAUGAAGAUGCCAUCUGUUUUCCCCCCUUUUCUUUUUGGAUGUGUAUCAUAGUUUGGAGAGCUUGGUCUAGAACACCAGCUGUCUUUGCACUAGCUCUAAAGAGUAUUUUGUUCUGUUUUUAGAGAAGUAUUUUGAUUUAGCAUUAAAAUUUUGAAUUGGAUUUUUUAAGGACGAUUUAUAUAUGCAUACAUAUAUUAAUAUUCUAUACGUACUGCAGUUGAACUGAGACUGUGGACUGCAGUCGUGUCACUGUUUCGAGAGCAGCUCGGAGGGCUGGCCGGACACAUCGCUUGGUUUGGUUCCCCCCCCCCCUCCCCCGCCCCGUUAUCAUUUUAUCUGUCGGCCCCUUUGACUGCACAAGCCUUUAGUUUAGAAUUUUUGUAACUGUGAAAGAGGUGGGCUGUUUUUAAAAACCCUUGUUUUUCAAUCUGUUGAAGUUGAGUGGGUUUGUGUUCUUUUUAUUUUUCAUGAUUGCGUUUGGCGACGCCAGCAGCGUUGGUCUCUUUUUUUUGUUUUUUUUUUUUGGGAAUGCGACACAGAAGGAAAAAACUUGAAAGUGACUGCGUAGCCUGGUUGGUGAUUUCUAUUCCUUUCAAAUAAUUAAAACGUUGUGUUGUUUAAUAUGAUUUGGAACUUUGGGGGCAGAUGAUCAUAGGGUGGUCCGGAUAACUCCAUGGCAGCUUACAAUAGACGUGGUUUACAAGACAGAUGCUAACGGACGGUACAUUCCAUCACUGUGCAUCUGGGAGUUGGGGUUUCUUCUUUUGGUUUUUUUUAUUUUUUUGUUUUGUUCCCCCCCCCCUAUUUUUUUUGGGGGGGGGGGGGUAUUUUGUGUGAAUGAAUAAUUUUUUUUUUAAAUUUUUUCCUCUGUUCAAGUGUGACAGGAGGUUGCCUGCCUAUUUUAAGAGUCUUUACAUUUGAAAACUGUGCCUGAUUUUAGUAGAACAUUCAUGCUGUUAUUUUGGUGCUUUUGGUUAUUUUAUCAACAACAACAACAACAAAAAAAAAAGAAGACAAAAGUCAGCGCUGAGCCGUCGUGGGGAUUUCACACAAAGACUGGAGCGGCGGGCGGGGGGGCGGCCGGCGCUGCUUUGUUCUCGAUGUGCAAUCGUAUUAACAUUCCAUUCUUUUUUUUUUUUUUUUUGUUUAUUUCUUUUUUGUUUUUUCUUCUUCACAGUAAGCAUUAACUUCUGUAUGUAAUUAAUAUUUUUAUGGCGUGAGAAGGGUGACUGGCCUCAUGUUGUAUUUAGAGCCAGAAGAAGAGAGGGAUGUGGAAACCCUUCAUGCGCUCAUGUUUUGGUUUUGUGUGCUCAGUUUCCCCAUUUUUAUAUAUAUAUAUAUAUAUAUAUAUAUAUAUAUAUAUAUAUAUAUAAUACACAAUAUCACAGAAACACUUUUGUACAUAGGCCUGUAAAUUUCUUUAAAUACUUGAGCCUCUCUUUGGGACGUGGCAGGGGUGGGGAGGACAGGACAGGACGGGACGGGGCCGGUGGUGCUGGUCUAGAGACCCGAUGAAGAACAGCCUUACAUUUCCGUUUCUUCAUCAAUAUUAAGUUUCAAUGCUUACAGGGUUUUUCUUGUAACAUUUAUUAUAAAGAAGUGCUGCUUACAUCACUGAUUUAAAAUGGAGUAGCUGGUGCCCUUUUUUUUUUUUUUUUUUUUCAAUGGAAGGGAAAAAACAAAAAACGACCCCCCCCCCAUACCCCCCCCUCCCCCGAGAGGUUUUAUGUUUUCAUUGCUGAAAAUUGAACAAUGGAGUAGCUACUCAUGUUGCACUGAACUUGCCAGUGGUGACUGUCAAGAACUCCUCUACUUCAGUGUGCCGUUGUGCUGGUCCUGUCGUAGAUUAUUUAACGAAGACCUUAGCGGACCCGAGUGUUUUCACAAAUGUGGUUGUCGAGUUUUUAUGGCCUUAUUGUGUAUUUUUUUUUCUUUUCUUGGUCCUUUCUAGGGUUGUUUAAUGAUAUAAAAAACAAACAAAAAACUCAAAAAAAAAAAAAAAACCCGCACCCAUUUUUUAUUUCUUUCUUUCCAGUCCUGAUUUUUAAUUUAUUAGAUCUGCUCUCCAACCUCUCCUCUCAAAUGGACAGGACCCCUUGGUGUUGUUUUUUUGUUUCUUAAGCAGGUUUGUGUUUGAACUUUUUUUUUUUUCUUUCUUAAUUUUGUACUUUUUAAGGUUCAAUAAAAACUUCCGGACAAUUCACUGUCACUUCUUUACAACCCCCUGGUUUUUAUGUUUUCGGAAAAAAGUCCAGUUUGUGCCGUGAUGUCCGUGCUGUGAGCAGAGAACUGGAGCCGUGGGCGAGGUAGACGGCGGUCUUACUGGAGACGACGCUGGGGUGGAACUUGAAGACCGCAAUCCUGGGGGGAAACCCACCUUGGGCUCACUUCUUUUCACUUUUCCUACCUGUUUAAUUUUAAUUUUUUUUUUGUAUUUAUUUAUUUUUUUUCAAUUUGUGAAAUAUCUCAUCACUUUAAUAUUGCAAUUAAUUUAAAAUGGAAAAAGAAAAAAAUCACACAAGCACACUUUAGAUGAAUUUUAUGUAUUUUUUGAUACUAUGAACUAUAUUUGUAUAGUUUUUUUUUUUCUUGAUCUUUCAACAUUUGAAAAAAAAAAAAAAAAUUUCAGGAACUGUAAAUUGAUCUUUUUAAAGUGCAGAAUGAAGUGCGUUUGGUUUUAAUAAGAAGAGAAAUGGAUUUUUUUUUUGUUAAACUUACUGCAGUAUCACAAAUGUGAGAAUGAUCCAAAAUGGAUGAUCAGUCCUGAAGCGCCACUGUAAACCAGUACACUUAUUAUGUAUUUAAUUAAACCUUUACAAAAUCUC